AUGAGUAGGCAAGACCUCUGUGGACUAUUGCAAGACAAAGGCAAACUCAAACAAACUACAAAAAACUUUAAAAUGGCUGAUGUAGGAACCAAAGAACAAUCUAUCACUAAAGUUCCUAUGAUAUAUGUGUGUGGAGAAUGCCACAGAGAGAAUGAAAUUAAACCAAGAGAUCCCAUACGAUGCAGAGAGUGUGGAUACCGUAUAAUGUACAAGAAGAGAACAAAAAGAUUGGUUGUUUUUGAUGCACGGUGA